AGGAACCCCAAAAAUAAAAAAAAACGUAUAUCGAUAUAGAGUAUAGAGGACAAUAUCAAUUACGACAGCUGGGAAUAACUUUAACUGGUACUCAAAUGGUGCAAAAGGGAGUUGAAAUAAGGGCAGGUAGAACGGAGUUGUAAAUUCGGUUUGGUGACAACGACAAGCCAGAUGCUCCUUAUACCGUUUUCGAGGAUGUGCCGGCGACUCCUCUACCAGCAGCGUCCGCUCUUCCUGUCGAUGACAUUCAAUCGCCUGGCGCGGCAUGAGCAUACUCUCGUUACGACGAACAAAAGUUCGAUGUGCCACGAGUCCGCAAAGCCAACAUCUGCAAACACCCCGAUGAAGACCGUAAGAGCGGAGACCGAAACGGGGACAAGCUGUCAGACCAACGACAAAGCCAAAUAUGAAAUUUGCAUGCACGGUGUGAGAGCUGCUAAGCUUAUUUCUCUUGUGGACACCCGCUCACGUGGACGAGCUCUUCAUUCUCGUCCAAUGCUAGGUGGCCUCGACAGCCGCCGUGGUCAUGGGCCAGACCAGUCUCGUGCAAAUCAUUCGACGGGCGAGAGUCAGAGUCGCGGGACCACUUCUCCAUUUCGCGUUGCACCAGAUACGGUGACGCUGCCCGCCAGAGACAUAAAUCGAACUAGGACCACCAUAGGCGAGGACAAUGGCCAGCAUAAGCAAGCAACAGACUCGAUGUGUCCAACUGCAACUCGUAGUACCUUUCGCGACAUCGAGAUUUCUGCAUCUUCAGAAGAAACUGGCAAAGAGAGCGAAAACCGGGGACCUAUGUUGAAUUGGAACACUCCAGAGCCCCGCGCUUUUGCUGAAAAUGCAGCUGAACAAGGCGGUCAUCUAAUCCGAAGAGGGCAGCCCGAGCCCGAGCAACAACUGCACAAGCACGAUAACUCAGUGCCGCCGGGCCCGGGGAGUAGAUAUAUCAACUACCUUAUUCACCGUGGCGAACCUACGUGCCAUGAUUUGCGCCCUGCGUGUCAUAGUCAUAGAAGGAGCGCACACGAAAUCUGGAGAACGUUUCCCAACGAGAAGCACGUGAUUCUGGGGAAGGUCGACAAGUCAGGGAAAAAGUCCUGGGAUGCAUCCAUUGUCCCGUUGCUGAACAAAGUUAACGCUGUAGAUGACUUUUGCACUCUCAGCUCUUGCAGCGGUCGUGCGUAUUUAUGGACGACCACCGAAUUAUCCGAGUCCAAUCCAAAAACGACUGCAAGUCUCAAAGAUGUCGGCCCGCCAUCCAAAAAAUAUGUUUCUCAUCACGACGACUGGCGGUUUCAUGUUUGUCACACUCCAGAAGAAUGGAACCCCAAAGGAGCGCUGCAGGAUCGGAUUCAGCGAACAUGUCGACCCGAGGGAAGCGCUGCUCUCUGUAGUACCUCCACUCUGAUAGCGGAGACGCGCUGCUCAGUCCGUCGAGAACAAGUCACACAACGGACCACUGAAAAAAACAAGGACGGCGAUUUUUUGGUCGCAGUGCGUCGUCGAGCUGCGGAGAAGCAAGAUCUACCCGUGCUGCGUGAAGUGGCAAAGGAAGAAGCGGAAGAUGAAAGAGAAACGCCGAUGUGCUUUGGUGGAGAAAACGCUGGUUGCGACCGCGGUUCUGGAGCUACUCGCGGCCCGGUUCUUCCCACAGCGCAAUGUAACGUCGCGCAAAGUCUUGUCCAUCCGAGCCAUGAGCCGGCGGUAUACUGGGUACGUUUUGAGCCUUUCAUUCUACAUGUCGCGUGUCGCUCGCUCGACGCUGCGUUUUCUUUCAUCGAAGCAAGUCGUGCGGCUUUUCCGGCUACAUCGCUUCUUGCGUUUGGGAAACGGUACGUGGUACAGGUUCCAGGAGAAGAUUAUCUUGAGACUCCUUAUUGCUUGAUGCCUCAAUCUCUAUUGUGGCCGGUAAGUGGCGCCCCAUUUUUUGCGCAAGCAUCAGCUGCUGCUGAGUCAGAGGCCGAGCACGGUGAGGACUUGUAUUCUUCAUAUUUGGCGCGAGUUGUGCGCGCGAAGUUUGAACGGAACGCCAAAAGGGUUCGACAGCUGGAACAUGAUCUGGAAAAGAUUCUUGGGCCAGCGCCAACGUGAGAAUGUUGCCCACUGGAACACGACAUGCUCCUUGCUUCUGAUUUUUGUGAAAUUCAAUCUGGACCAAGUGUGGUAUGAGG